ACACACACACAAACAAUGUCAGAGUGAGGCAGCAUUCCAGUCUGUUGAGGUGAAAGGGAAGUAGAAACAGGGUAAAACAGACACGUGCUUUAACAGCCGAAGAAGGAAAGGAAAAAAGAACUACAGAAUGGAGUAUAAUUACUGUACUGAAAUAGCCCUUUAGCAUUCAAGACUUGGAUUCCCAGCUUUGUUUGUUGCUUAAGUGCAUACCAAGACUGCUGAUUCAUUUUUAAAGCAAUUGUAGCGGAGGUGAAACUGCAGCCAUGCUAAAGCAAAUCUUGGAAACUAUGUACAUUGACCCAGAACUGUUGGCUGAACUCAGUGAAGAACAAAAACAAAUUCUGUUCUUUAAGAUGAGGGAGGAACAGAUCCGUCGAUGGAAGGAACGGGAAACCAAACUGCUGAGAGAAGAGGAGAACCAGAAAAUAGUUAAACCCAAGAAAGAUAACGGGAAGUGUGUACACUGGCUACAUGGAAAGAAUGAUGAUGUCUGGGUUUGGGUCAUGGGGGAACACCCACUGGACAAGCCUUAUGACCAUAUCUGUGACGAGAUUAUUGCAGAGAGAGCACGGCUUCAGGCACAAAAAGAAGCUGAAGAACUGAGGAGAGCAAACGAGGAAGCACUGGCAAAAUCCCUUUCCAACAGCCUAAUACUUCAGAAACAGAAGGAGGCUGAGGAAGCUCAGAGGUCGAGGCUCGCUGAAAGGCAAGCAGUCAAACAAGAGGAGGAGGCCAGAAGGGCAGCAGCUGCAGAACAAGAGCGACUUCAAAUGGAAUUAAAGAAGAAAGAAGAAGAGGAAAAGAAGCAAGAGGAAGAACUCAAACAGAAAGAAGAAUUAAGAACACAAGAGCUGUACAUCACCAUAAAAGAAGCCCAGGAGGCCGUGUUACAGACAGAGAAGGAGGACCCAGUCUACCAAGAGAUGUUAAGAAAGUCAAAAGCAGCUGAUGAACGUCGGCGGUCUAUUGCUAAACAAGCCCGAGAUGAUUACAAACGGUUAUCAAUGCAAGGCAUCGAGAGAGGCAAAGUAGCGGCAUUUGCCAAGAUCAUUGAGGGUGAACAGCAGCCACCACCUAUUCCGCCAAGGAAAAGCAAACUGAACAACACCCCUGACAAUAAUAAUAGUAAAGUUCUUCAACGGAAAAUGGGGAUAAAGAGGACCACAUCGAAAUCAACCAAAGAAGAAAUUGUCCGCUGGUUCAGAGAUGAUCAGCUGCUCCUUCAUGCUGGGUAUGAAAAAAGCACAAACAGCAUUGCACCUUGGUUUCAUGGUAUUAUACCCAGGCAAGAAGCAGAAGAUCUCCUAACCCCAAAGAAGAGAGGAAGCUUCCUCAUCAGAGUCAGUGAAAGAAUUCAAGGCUAUGCCCUUUCUUAUCGUUCAGAUGAUGCAAUUCGACAUUUCCUCAUAGAUGCCUCAGGAGGGUUUUAUGGCUUGCUUGGUGUUGAUCAAAUGCAGCAUACAUCACUGGCAGAGCUAGUAGAAUAUCACAAGGCAGAGGAAAUUACUUCCCUUGGUAAAGAAAAACUGCUGUUUCCCUGUGGUCAGAAAGACAAUCACCGACCCGACUAUGAAGAACUGUUUCAGUAGAUGGAAAAUGAGUUCACAAAGAUUCUUCUCAAUGAAAGUAAAAAUAAAGUGCCCAUCAGUCAGCAGACCUAAAAGGAGAUACAUGUGGACGUGGCUUCUAGAACUGUAAUAGAAUGACCAGAGAAAAUUAGCUUCCCAGAGAUGUCUGUUGUUAGCACACAUCUAUACAUUCCAUUAAUACUUAUGUGGCUGCUGAUUAAAUACAGUAUCUGACAUUAGACUGAUGAUUGCAUUCCAGUUUCAAAAGUGUUCUCUUGUGCUGCUAACAGCAUCUGUGCCCUAGCAUUGACUCAAACACUUUAAGAGAAUCAUAAGCACAUGUUAAGGUUGCUUUACAGCUCAAACAUGCAUUUAUGCAGUUACUUUUAAAUGAGACUACAUAUAGAUUUUGUUGCUUUUUUAAAGGUUUUUUGACAACUAGUUAAAAACUAGCCAAGUACUACGCAUUCAGGUUAUCAUGGAGCUUUGUGUGUAGUACAGUCAGAAGUUUGUUUUGUGUGUGUGUGUGUGUGU